CAGGAAGGAGACAUGAAGAACAGAGCAUUUGGGUGGCAAAGCCGAAUCGGGAAAUAAGACAAGGAGCUCUAGCUAUGGAAGAGGGACACUUUUGUGUUAUGUCUAUUUUGCUUUCUACUAGAUGAAAAUCUUAAUUAAUAUUAGGGCUUGUAAUUGAGAGAAGAGCUGGAGUAUUUAAACUAGUUUGUAAUAGAGUAGCAACCAUCCAGAAAAUUGUGAGAAAACACUUGAGAGUAGUAGCCUCAAGCUACCAAUGAGAUUUAUGGCCUCAAGCCAUUGACUAUCUUUUGUAACAGCUAAUUCCUCAAAUUAAUCAAUCAAGAAUAUAAGCCUUCCUCUAAAUUGUGUCACUGAGAUUACAUAUAAUUGUGUGCGAAAAAUAAGUCCUUGACAGGCUACUAACUCCUAGUAACUAAAUUCUUUCUCUAAAUAGUAAAAGAUUAGCAUUGAAUUGUACACCCUCCUAUCUCCGGUCAAUAAUCUUUACCCACACAUUCGUACAAAAGAUUAGUAAACAAAUUGCUGCCAUAGUCCCAUAAGCACUCAAAAAUUUGUGCACAGUGACGUUAAUUAACAUAUUAAGCAGACUUUUAUUUGGUCAGUCAAAUGAAUACACUUACAAGAAUAUUCUAACAAAGAACAUAUCUUCAUUUCCUAAGCACACAUUCAGAACGAAAGUAAUCACAGUCUGCACACAGAAGGAUGCAGCCCAGCAUAGAACAGUUGAAGAUAAUCUUGCUGCAGUCCUUCACAUUUUCUCCACUUAUUUUGUUCUUAUUCUUCCUAAAAUGGCUUCACUCAAAAUCUUCUCCUGGAAAAAGCCUUCCACCUUCUCCGCCAAGGCUUCCGAUUUUAGGCAACCUUCAUCAGCUAGGAGCUUACCCCUACCGCUCUCUCCAAUCACUGUCUGAAAGAUAUGGGGAGCUCAUGCUAAUUAAUCUAGGGAAGGCACCAGUCCUUAUCAUCUCCUCUGCCAAAGCAGCUCGCGAGAUUAUGAAAAUCCAAGAUUCAACAUUUUGCACUAGGCCACCUUUAAAAACAAUUAACAAGCUUCUCUACAAUGGUAAGGACGUGGCAGCAGCUCAGUAUGGUGAGUAUUGGAGGCAGAUGAAGAGUAUAUGUGUGCUUCAGCUCUUAAGUAACACAAGGGUGCGGUCUUUUCAAAGUGUUAGGGAAGAGGAGGUUACUCUUCUAAUGGAAAAGAUUGAGAACUCGUCAUCUUCAGUUGUGAAUUUGAGCGAGAUGUUUAUGACUUUAACAAAUGAUGUGAUAUGCAGGGUGGCCUUUGGAAGGAAAUACAGUGGUAAUGAAGGACAUGGUAUUAACUUUAAGAGGCUCUUGAAGGAGUUUCUAGAGUUGCUAGGCCGUUUUAGGGUUGGGGAUUUUAUUCCGUGUUUGGCUUGGACUAAUUGGCUUGAUGGGUCAGAUGCAAAGGUGGACAAAGUUUUUAAAGAAUUCGACAACUUUCUUGAGCAGGUUGUUAAAGAGCACCAGGAUGGUCAAGAUGACAGCAGAAAGGGUGAAGAGAGCAAAAAUGAUGAAAUCGCUAAGAACUUUGUAGAUGUUUUACUUGAAGUUCAGAAAGAAAAGACAGCUGGGUUCGCCAUUGACAGAGACAGCAUCAAAGCUCUUAUACUGGAUAUAUUUUCUGGUGGGACUGAUACAACAUACACAGUCCUAGAAUGGGCAAUGACAGAGCUAUUAAGGCAUCCCUUAAAAAUGAGUAAACUACAAAGAGAAGUCAGAGAAAUUACCGGAGAGAAAUUAUAUGUGAAUGAAGAUGACUUGGAGCAGAUGAAGUACUUGAAAGCAGUGAUCAAGGAGACCCUUCGGCUACAUCCUCCAAUUCCCUUGCUGGUUCCAAGACAAUCAAUACAAGACACCAAGAUUAACGGUUAUGAUAUUCCAGCAGGUACCAUAGUUAUAACCAAUGCUUGGGCAAUCCACAGAGAUCCCGCUUCUUGGGAUGAACCUGAAAAGUUCAAUCCUGAGCGGUUCAUAAAUUCUCCUACAGACUUCAAAGGGCAGGACUUCGAAUUGAUUCCAUUCGGAUCAGGAAGAAGGAUCUGCCCAGGAAUUACAUUUGCUAUUGCUAAUAAUGAGCUUGUAUUAGCAAACCUCAUGCACAAGUUCGACUGGAUGCUGCCUGGUGGAGCAGACGGUGAGACUUUAGAUAUGACUGAAUGCAUUGGCCUAACCGCCCAUCGGGAAAUUCCUCUACUUGCAACAGCAACACCCGCGAUUGCAGGCAACUGAAGGUCUUAUUGAUGCUUUACUUGAAAAAAUAAAACAGCAAUAACUAGCAACUCCAAAAUACUUCAUGGGUUAUGCACUACUAUCAUUAUCCUAUGCUUUAUUUUUGCACCUCUUUCGUCUUCUUUUCAUUGCAAUGAAUAAUACAAAUAAAAAAACCCAUCAAUAUAUUAAGUAAUAAGUUCAGCUA